AGUUUGAGUGUCUCCCCGCACGUCCCAGUUCAGACCCUCUGCCUGAUCCUAAGGCCUGCGUCCCUAGCCCCUACCUCCCCAAGACCCAACUUUGCCUGGUAACAGAAAAGUUGAAGCCCAAAACAGUUCAGGUGAUCUAACUGGGCGGAGCAGGGAGGGGCAGGGGCAAGGUAGGAGCACUUCCUGGGAGGAGGGACCGAGUCCUAGAAUGAAUGCAGCAGGCGGUCAGGACAUUGGCCCUGGCCCUUCCCCGGGGUGGCGGGACUCAGCACCUGCGCCCCGCCUCCAGCCCCGCCCACAGUGUGAUGGGGCGGGGGCGAGGCAGACCUAACCGGAGUAGACGCCAGGGGAGGCGCUGCGGCCGCUCGGUGCCGGCUCCGCAGGCCCUGCUGGGCGGGUGUCUGGCCCUUUAAGGACCGCCCCGAGGAGGUGCCAGGCCCUGGUGGCUCCGGUCUCUCCUUCCUGGUCCUGCUAGGCAGGGACUGACCGUGGGGCUGUAAGGGGGGCUGUGCCCGGUGCCUGCCCAGGUACCCCCGGCCCGCCCGCAUGGCUCUGGUCACAGUGAAUCGCUCGCCCCCGGCCAGCACCCCCCCCCCGCCCCCCAGCCACUCCACGCCUGUGGCGCCCACGGACCAGGCAGUCAAGUGGAGAAGCCGGCUCCAGCGAAGGCAGAGCUUUGCAGUGCUCCGUGGGGCUGUCCUGGGACUGCAGGACAGAGGGGACAAUGAUGACGCAGCUGAGGCCAGCCCUGAACCAGUGGAGGGGCUUCCAGGUGAAGAGCAGCCCCAGGAAGAUCAGACAGACUUUGGGCAAGAGGCCCAGAGUCCCCAGAAGGAGGAGCAGAAGCAGCACCUAAACCUCAUGGUGAAGCUGCUGAGGCCACAGGAUGACAUCCGCCUGGCAGCUGAGCUGGAGGCAGCCCGGCCUCCCCGGCACCGCUACCUCCUGGUGGUUUCCACACGGGACAACUUGAGCCAGGAUGAGACAGUCCUCCUUGGGGUGGAUUUCCCUGACAGCAGCUCCCCCAGCUGCACCCUGGGCCUGGUCUUGCCUCUCUGGAGUGAUACCCAGGUGUACCUAGAUGGAGAUGGGGGCUUCAGUGUGACAUCUGGUGGGCAGAGCCGAAUCUUCAAGCCAGUCUCCAUCCAGAUCAUGUGGGCCACGCUCCAAGUGUUGCACCAGGCAUGUGAGGCGGCUCUAGGCAGUGGCCUGGUGCCUGGUGGCAGUGCCCUCACCUGGGCGAGCCACUACCAAGAGAGACUGAAUUCUGACCAGAGCUGCCUCAAUGAGUGGAUGGCCAUGGCUGACCUGGAGUCUCUGCGACCUCCCAGUGCUGAGUCUGGCCGGUCCUCAGAACAAGAGCAGAUGGAACAAGCAAUCCGGGCUGAGCUGUGGGAUGUGUUGGAUGCCAGCGACCUGGAGAGCAUCACUUCCAAAGAGAUCCGCCAGGCCCUGGAGCUGCGCCUAGGACGCCCUCUCCAGCAGUACCGUGACUUCAUUGACAACCAGAUGCUGCUGCUCAUGGCCCAGCAAGACCGGGCGUCCCGCAUCUUCCCCCAUCUCUACUUGGGCUCAGAGUGGAAUGCCGCGAACCUGGAGGAACUGCAGAGAAACAGGGUCACCCACAUCUUGAACAUGGCCCGGGAAAUUGACAACUUCUACCCCGAGCGCUUCACCUACCACAACGUGCGCCUCUGGGAUGAGGAGUCAGCCCAGCUGCUGCCCCACUGGAAGGAGACACACCGCUUCAUUGAGGCUGCAAGAGCCCAGGGCACCCGAGUGUUAGUCCACUGCAAGAUGGGUGUCAGCCGCUCAGCUGCCACGGUGCUGGCCUACGCCAUGAAGCAGUACGGCUGGAGCCUGGAGCAGGCCCUGCACCAUGUGCAGGAGCUCCGGCCCAUCGCCCGCCCCAACCCUGGCUUUCUGCGCCAGCUGCAGACCUACCAGGGCAUCCUGACUGCCAGCCGGCAGAGCCAUGUCUGGGAGCAGAAAGUGGGAAGGGUCUCCCCAGAGGAACUGCUGGCCCCCAAAGUCUCUACACCAUUCCCACGUCUUCCACCGGAACCAGGGGGCAGUGAGGAGGUGAAAGUUAGAAGCUUGGAAGAGAGCCAGGCAGCUCAAGAAGAAGAGCCUGCACCACGACGCCGUAUCAACCUCCGAGGGGUCAUGAGGUCUAUCAGUCUCCUGGAGCCCCCUUCAGAGCUGGAGAGCACCUCAGGGGCUAGUGACCUGCCAGAGGUUUUCUCCUCCUAUGAGUCUUCAGAUGAAGAGCCUCCACAGCCCUUCUCUCCUCUCUCAAGGGUUAAGGGAGGUGCCUGGAUCCACAAAGGGCCUCGUCCUGCCCUGAAAUCCCGCCAAUCUGUGGUUGCCCUGCAGAGUGCCGCCUUGGUGGCCAGCCGGACCCAGGCCUUCCUGGAGCAGGAGCAGGCACAAGGGGAAGCUGGCAUGCCCUCCACACCCAGGCUCCGGAAGGUGGUGAGGCAGGCCAGCAUGGAUGAUAGCAGAGAGGAGGACGAGCCCUGAGCUCUCCCACGUGUGCCCACGUACCCCUAGACACUAAAUAGAGGCAACUGAUCUGCAGCUCCUCAGAUGAACACACCCGUACACACUCCCCUUGGCUCCUCCCCAGGAGUCUCGACUCCUGUCACUACAGCCUCACCUCCUACAGCCUUAAGUCUCAGACCCGUGUCCACCUGUCUAAGGGCUCAUGCAUAUAAUUGGGGUGCAGUAGAGAGACUGAAGGUGCCUUUGGGGGCAACAGCACCCUAGUUUCAUGCUCAACUUUCACCCUAAAACACUCCCUUAUAACCACAGAUAUGGAAAGGCUCAGGCCUUCUACUCUCAUUUCAUUCCAGCUAGGCCAGAGACUCAGUGGUCUCCCAAAACAAAGUCCCCAACCCCAGGAGGCUCUGAGGGGUCUGGCUGGUCGACUCUCUUGCACACCUCACAGCUGGCCUGAGUCUGUGGCUGCUGCCCGCAGCCCAGACACUGCAUGAGGUCACAGGACACCAGGCCAGAGUGUUUGUUAUGUCCUUCACAGCUUCUGGCCAGUCUGUUUUUCAUAGUCUUAAUAGUAUCUGGCUUUGUACUGAGAAAUAAAAGACAUUUUCAUAUUUAGUUA